AUGGACUUCUUUUGCCACUUUCAACGUAAGCAGACCUCUAGCUCUAAGCUCAGUGCAAAUUUGCGUUCAAAGAUGGUCAGUCAAGGGAUUCUCCAUUUGGGAUUUCCAACUAUUCUUUUCGCUUUAACCACAGAAGCCUGGCUGAUGUCCCAAUCCGGCUUGAACGAAUCCAAUUACCAUGUGCGUCACCUCUCCAUGCAUUUCUCGCGAGUGUUUCUCAGCGUAAAAGUGGAAAGCAAUGAAUCCCCCACUCUGAUUGAAGCUCAGUGGCCAGUUUCGUAUUUUCCCAUGGCCACAGUGGUGUUUCCGCACGAGGAAGUCCAUGCCAAUGGAGACCAUGACGACUGCGCUUUACUGCAACAGGCUUACUGGUCACAGGUGGAUGCACUGAGUCGACUUUGGGUCAUGGACAUUGGAUUCCCCGACAGCAGAUGCUCGCCCCGGUUAUUCGUCUUCGAUUUGAUACGCAACAAUGCCGAAAUAUUGCGAAUCGAUUGUGGCCAACACAUUGGAGUGAAUGACACCCAAAAUCUGGUGGUGCAAAUGGGACCAAAAGGUCCUGGUUGCGAACAGGAGCGUCACAUUUACUUCAUCCUCGGUGAGGAACCGGAAAUACUGGCCUACGACAUUUUGGAGCAAACUUGGCAAAGUUUUUCAUUGGAGAGUCAUAAGUACGAGAACAUGAACCAAUCGUUUCCCAUCAAGCCAGUGGAUUUUACUUUUGGUCUGCAAGGCGAACUCAUCCUCUCCGAUCAGGAUGGUGAUCUUUACAGCACCAAGGAUCGACUGGAACUAGAAAUUAAGAACGAAUUAGCCAGCAAUUCAAUAGCUAACUCCAUCCAACUCAACCAUUUGGGAAGUCUGCUGGGCAGCAGUCGCAGCAUGAUCAUCGACAAUUUCGGAACCCUUUACUAUGUAAUUCCCAAAUUUGGAGCCGUAGUGCGAUGUGCUAAGCUGGAAAACAUCACAGCCGAGGGCAAUGAAAUCAUCUACUUCACAUCGAAGAACAUCCAGCAGAUAUUUUUCAGCUCCAACGAUGCAUUGUGGGUGCUAAGUGAUCGGGUGUUAAAUGCCAAAGAUAUGUGCUUUCCUAGCUUGUAAGAAUAAAAUAUAAAUAUAAACUAAGUAUAGUACAAAAAACAUUAGGCAUUGUGUAUAUGUUUUGUU